GGAGGUCGGUGUUGAGGGCGGUCGCCGGCGGCGGCGGUCAGCACUUGAGGGUCAUGUAGAGGUGACAGGCAAAGUGGCGUGCGUGCGAGAUAUGGGGAGGCACGAGGCGUGAGGCGGCUGAAGUCAGUGGAAGUAGAUCGCGGCGGCGGCUCUCCCGACGGCGACCGGCGGCGGGCGCACGCACGGAAUGCAGCGAGGCGCGGGGCGCGGGCGGCGGUGCUGCUGCCGCGGCGAUGCUCGCUGCUGCCCGCCGCCCGCCCGCCAGUCAGCCGCGCGCCACCGACACGAGUACUGUUUUACCCGCGCGUUGCCGCUGCAUCCUCUCCGCCGCGCUCAGCGGAGUAUGCUACAGCAGAUGUCCUCGCCGCCGAGAGCACUACCUGGCGAGGUCGUGAAUCUCGUGCGCCCCAUUGAAGGCCGUCUGUGCGGCGCUAUUGUGGAGGACUACCAACAACUUUUGCCGCACAGCAAGACAAGAAGAAAUUACAAUUGUUCUAAGUGCACGUACCACACGCGGAAUUCGCGCGACUAUCUGUUGCAUGUGCGUGACGUCCACUUUGAAAAGUUCAAAAUAUUCUAUUGCCCGCACUGUGAUUACGCUUCUAGACACCACCAAAAGUUAUUGCGACAUAUGAAAGUUCAUAACGAACUAAAUAUGGAAUUCACUUUAAAAAUGAAUUCGGAAGUACAUUUAAUUUCGGAAAACACAGAAAGCAUUGAAGACUUUCUAGAGGAAGUGGAAGAAUACGAAGAUGAAGAAAUGUAUAUUGAGGAAUGCACUGAGGACUUUAUCGGUGACGUGGACGAGUCUAGGACUGAUGAACCCACUUCAGAAUCCUCUAAAGAUAAGAACAAAUUCUUCUCAUGCAACAAAUGUAAUUACGUUACUCAUAUACGUGGAAGAUAUACGAAACACGUUAAAUAUCAUUCUAUGCCUAUGAUAAAGUGCACCAUGUGUGAUUUUCGUACGCCUUAUAAGUGGAACCUAGAUCGUCACAAUAAAAACCACGGUGGCACCGGUAGCUUCCACUGCUCUAUGUGCAACUUCACAGCGGACAUCAAGCAAAGUCUGACGGUGCACGAAAUGAAUCAUCACACGCCGCCUGCGGGCCAAUCGGGUGCGAGUCGCCGUCGCAAUCGGGUGGGCGCCAGCGACACAGCUCUCGCCUUCUCCGCAGUGAACGCGCUCGUCCCCAAGGAGGAGGAAGGGAGCGGUGAUUCGCGAUCCUCACACUCGGCCUCGGAUAUGGGUCUACAGUACGCAGAGAGAGACAUGGUUAGCUGCAACAGUGAUUCUAACGACGCCACUGUUCCUGACGCCGGUGCCAAGAGAGACGACUCGAAUUUGGCACCAGAUGCACAGAACCGGCAUUCACCCGGCAUCGCGAUCGAUGAAGGAAAAUUUCAAAAACAAAGCAGGAAAAUUCCUCGGCCGCCGCCCCCUCUAAUACCCAUUAAUCCGUCGACGCCAAACCAACAUAAAACAUCCAACGGCGAACCACCGCAGAAGAAAUUCAAAGAAGCAACCGAUUGUACAGACUUAAGUGUCAAUAACAAAUUUGAAAAUUUACCUGCCGACAUUACUUUGAUACCAGUAAAUAAUAUAUCCCAUCCAAAAGAAACAACAACAAAUCGCAAGAAAAAUGAGUCCUUUUUUGACAAACUGAAAGAAAGACUGCUAACAGAGACUGGAGAAGAGGGUUCAUUAAUAUGUAAAAAUUGCGGAUUUGAAAGCAAAUGUUUAUCAGAACAUUCUGUUCACGAGAAAAAUUGCACUCCGCAAUCAAAUCGAAUUGCGACCAACACCUCUGUCUCAAGUUUAAGCUCUACACGUUGCCAAAACUGUAGACACAGAUGUAAAUCUAGUGCAGAUCUGUAUGUUCAUAUGCAAACUUGUAAAAAGUAUGAAUCUGUGGCGAACAACUCUAUGGAAGUGGGAACUCAGCAGAGCAAUGAAAAUCAGUCCAUUAACAAAGAAAAAGAAACAGAACCUCAUCCUAUGGAAAAUGUAGUUUUUGUCUGGAAUAACAUCAGUCAGGAAUCAAACAAGUAUGAUAUGCCACUUGACAUAAGUAUCAAUGACGAUUCCACUCUUCCCGAAAUUCAGUCAUGCUAUGAUCCUGAAAUCAUCGAGGAAAAUGAGAACAUGAAUCUGUCACCAAGUCAGGCUGCCGGGAAAAAAGUGUUUAAAUGUCCACAUUGCCCAUUUUGGGCCUCAACUGCAUCAAGAUUCCAUGUGCAUAUAGUAGGACAUUUAAAUAAAAAACCGUUCGAAUGUUCCUUAUGCAAAUACAAGUCAAACUGGCGCUGGGAUAUAACCAAACACAUCAAACUAAAAUCUGCUAGAGAUCCAGAACAUAACGAAGCUAAAGUCCUAAUGACCGACGAAACUGGUAGGAGGAACUACAGCAAAUACAACAAGUUUCUGGCAAUGCCAGUCAUGAAUGAGAUUGGCGAGAAUGAAUUUCAUUAUAUUGACCCUAAUACUGCGGCAGACUCAUCCAUGGAAAUUGAUGAAACGUAUGAUAUUAGUGAAAGUGCAACUUCGUCAUCUGAAAUGCCACUCAAUUUACAAACCCAACACAGCGAGUUUAUAUCUGAAAAUUUUCACAACACACUCGAAGAUUCUAAGAAGCCUAAGAAAACAUUGUGGAAAUGCAAGAAAUGUAAUUAUAAGGAUUCGUCAAAAGAAGCACUGUUAGAGCAUGUUCGGGAGCAUUCUAGAGCCGACGAUGAUUCUAAGCCUAAGAAGUCGGAAACUACUCCAGAUCCUGCUGAUUUGGCGUACCGAUGCGGACAUUGCAACCAACUUUCCAACUGGAAACACGUAAUACAAAGACAUUGUCGAUUGAAGCACGACGGAGUGAUAAAAGUGAUAACGACAGUGAAACCAAAAGUAGACACAACAAAUGUCAGUGACAACAACAGUGACUACUGUACCAAAUGUCCUUUCAAGUGCAGCGACAAACGACUGCUUAGUGCGCACAUGCAGCAGCAUCAACCUUCGCCUAACUCUGUAUUUAAAUGCUAUUUUUGUCCAUACUUCGUCAAAGACGAACAAGAAUUAAUAAAUCAUCUCGUACUACAUGGUGUUACUGAGCCCGAAGAAUACAUAUCUAACGCCAUGGGGAACAAAUUUACCAUACCUCUGUCAGAACAAACCGAGUCAACAUCGACUCCCAACGCCUCAACUAAAAGGCACAAAUGCACAGAAUGCCCAUAUGAAACUAACAGCAAGUCUCAAUUCAUGUACCACGAACAAUUUCAUAGGCUUCCAGCGGACACUCCUUAUAAAUGUCCAGAAUGUAACUACAGCGUUUCAAAAAGACAUCUUCUUCAUCAGCAUCUGAGAGUACAUGGAAUAUUCACUAAGAAAGGUGAAUUAGAAGCUGAGCUAGAAGCAGCCGCUUCCAAUUCCAAAGAAGAAAUUAAAACAGAAUACCCUGUACUCGAUGAAAUUCCAUUUGUAUGGGUAUCAGCCAAGAAUGAAUUUCAUAAAAUGUACAAGUGUCGAUACUGUUCAUAUGUUAACUCUCAAAAAUGCAAAAUACCUAACCACGAAAAAAUUCAUUGCAUUGUAUUUGAAAAUACUGAAAUAACUGUAUACAAAUGCUUAGAAUGCAAAUACACUUGUGAUAAUGCAGGAAGACUUGCAGAACAUUCCAAAACUCACGAAGAGAUCUAUGGACGCAUUUACUGUCCAGUUGAGGAGGAUGUCCCUGAUGAGGAACAGAUAGCAAAAUUACGAAAAGUUAUUGAAACCGAAAAAUUAAACGCCACCGAAGAGUUUAGAGAAGAUGGAUUACAGGAGACUAAAGAGUUGAAAAUUAUACAUUUCUGUCACAAGUGCCCGGCAAGAUUUUUCACGGACAGUGAAUUAAAAAUUCACGACAAAUUCCACGACUUAACGUUUGAGAAUAAAUGUAAAAGAUGUGAAUUUUCAGUUCCCCAAGAAAGCGAAUUACCCGCACACAUUUUUGUUCAUUCGGACGAGUAUAAUACCAAAACAAAAAUGCUGAAAUUUAUGCACGUAAUUCAUCCCGCUCACAAAGAACCGCUAUUGGAACUAGUUCACUGUCCAACCACCUCCGAAAUCACAUGGGUAGUAGCAAAACCUAGCAAAAACUUCGAAGAUUUUGGACAUAAAAAAUCAACAGACACGAAGCAUGUCCCAAAACAAUAUAGCUGCAAGGAGUGUCCAGCCAAAUUCUUUAAAAGUUCAGCGCUAAGUUACCACAUGGGACUACAUGGAGGCGAUGGCGACCACAAAUGCAAGAAAUGCAGCUAUGCUGUAAAGAAUAUAGGCAAUUUGGCAAAACACGAGUUACUACACGACAACGAAGGCAAAGGUUCGAACUGCGAUUAUGAUUCCGGAGACGACAUGGAUUUCAAAAAUAUACCGUUGUCAGGAACAGAUCUAUUUCAAAGAAAAACUGAAGCACAGAAACGUGUAUUAACGGACAAAGAUAAAUUAGUAAAGCCCAAUGAUCAUUUCCCACCAGUCCUUCAAGCCGAUCCGCAGUUUGGUUAUUUGAUGCAUGGAAACCCAGAGUUCAUAUACCCUACUUACCUAAAAAACGGCCGCCAGAAAGAAAAGAGAUACAAAUGCCACAAGUGUCCAUCGGCAUUUGAAAAGAGAGAACAGUACAAAAUUCAUUUAUCUCUACAUGGUUCAAAGCAAAGGUACAAAUGUGAAUUAUGCGAUUACUCAGUUAAAUACUACGCUAAUUAUGUUCAGCAUAUGCGUAAACAUCAAAUGAACGACGAAGCUCAAGCCGAGAGGAAAAAAGGUAGCAAUGAUUAUGGCGAUAAUGAAAGUCAGGACGAUAAGAUAGAAGAUUGUACAGACAAUAUUAAGUUAGCCAUUAAGACUAUGCCAAAAGGAGCACCGCGUAGCGAUUUUCAACAAUUUUCAGUCAGUGAUCAACAGACUCUCAGACUUCUCCAACGUCGCCGUUCAAUCAAUUCAGCAAAAGAAACGAGUCCAUCUGAAUCACCUACGAAAGAUAGAAAGUUACACAUGUGUUUGUUGUGCCCAUACACGAAUCAAAGACAAGACGCUCUUCACAACCACUACAGACGACACGAUGAAUCUGAUGCAUUGAAUACGACUAAUCAUAAAUGCACAUACUGUGAUCUAUCAGUAGUUCAAUCGCACUUCUUGCGUGAUCACCUCAAAACACAUUUCAGUUAUCAUAAGAACCAGAAUCCUGAAUGUUUUGUAGCGAAUCAAGAUGUGAGCUUCACCAUUACAAAAGUAGAUGAAGAAGACACAGCCACAGAUCUCAAAUUGGAUUUGAAAAGAAAAUACUUUUCAUGCAAUGAUGAAAAAUUAUAUGUGAAAAUAAAAACGGGAGAACUAAUGGUGGAGUAAAUUUUAGAAAACUUGUAUAUUCAUUAUGAUGUUACAUUAUACGGUCUGAUUAGGCAGAUUAGUUAAAUUAUAAUUUAUAAGCCAAAUAAAUAAAACUGUUGAUAUUCACCAAAGUGUAGCUUGCCAUAUUAGACUAACAAUUCUGGCCAUUUUGGUUUAAUAUAUUUUGUGAAUCUGUGUAAUCUAUACAGUUAUUUUUGAACAAAUAUAGGGGAAUAAUUCAUCUGUACUCCCAACUUAGUUUUUUACACUACAUCUACAUUCAAUACAUGCCUAUUUGAACUAGUCGAAAUUUCAAAAUCAGUAAAUAGCAAUUUAAACAUGUUACCACUACACCACACUGGAUAGAAAUUGUAUGUACCUACUUACUACUAGAUAAUAUUUUUUAUUUUAUGUGUAGAUUUUAACAUGGCAUUUUAAAUAAGCUGUGUUUCUUAAUAAAAUGGUAGUUCAGUUUGUGAAACAUUCAUUAUCAUUUAUUUUGUCAAGCAGACAAUAAAGUUGUAUACUGUAAAAAAUUAUAGAUAAACAUAGACAACCGUAAAUUAAUUCAUUGUUCAAAUGAGCGUGUUUUAUAAGCAUUUGUUCCACAUUGUUCUUUAGGACACAUUCAUGUUUUAAAAAAAUAAUAUUACACUUAAUUUAGAUUAAUUAUGUAUA